AUGUUCAACUUUCGUCGCCUUUUCGUGUCGGCCCUGUUCCUGGGGCUCGGCCUCCUCUUCCUCGCCCAGACGGCCGAGGCUGCCAAGGGUCCCAAGAUCACCCACAAGGUCUACUUCGACAUUGUCCAGGGCCAGGACGAGAAGCCUCUCGGUCGUGUUGUCAUGGGUCUCUACGGCAAGACUGUCCCCGAGACCACUGAGAACUUCCGCGCUCUGGCUACCGGCGAGAAGGGUUUCGGUUACGAGGGCUCUUCUUUCCACCGUGUCAUCAAGAACUUUAUGAUCCAGGGUGGUGACUUCACCAAGGGUGACGGCACUGGUGGCAAGUCUAUCUACGGCGACCGUUUCAAGGACGAGAACUUCAAGCUCAAGCACACCAAGAAGGGUCUUCUCUCUAUGGCCAACGCUGGUCGCGACACCAACGGCUCCCAGUUCUUCAUUACCACCGUUGUCACCUCGUGGCUCGAUGGCCGACACGUUGUCUUCGGUGAGGUCCUCGAGGGCUACGAAGUUAUCGAGAAGAUUGAGAACACCAAGACUGCCGGAGCUGACAAGCCCGUCGAAGCUGUCAAGAUCGCCAAGAGUGGCGAGCUUGAGGUUCCCCCCGAAGGUAUUCACGUUGAGCUCUAA